AUGGAUGAGGCUGAUUCUUGGAACUUGUACAACACUGCUCUUAACGAUAACUUGAAGCUUGGCCCUCUUCAUUAUGCGCUAGCCUCAGAUGAUAUACCACCACAAGAAGUAGGUACGUGUUUUGCAACAAUCCAGGAUGAGUUCUUUCGCGCAAACCCUGAAUUUGUGGCAAAUAAUAAUACACAGGGUAAGAAAUUUAUGUACCGUAUUCCUAAGUCUGUUAAUGAAGCUAGAAAACUUAAGAAUAAACGUAGGAAACUUGCUUUUAAAAAACAUUCAUCUAAUAUCGAUAAAUCAAGAUUUUUUGAAGCUCUGACAGCCUACGACUAUUUGAAAAAAGAGAAAACAAAGGUUGAGAGUAAACGAAAUACAGUGUACGAAGAAAAGAAAUAUAGAUUGGACUUCUGGAAGUAUUCAAAAUCACUUUUUAACGGAACCAUUAAUAGUAGUCCACUAGGACCGACAUUCAACAAAGAAACAGCUGAUAAAUACUUUACACAGAAGUACGAAAUUUCACCAUCUAUCGACUUAAACUCUCUCUCUUGGAUACCUGAGCUCCAGUUGUGUACCGAUCCUCUUGGUAUUGAAGAUGGGACUAUUCCCGCGGAACAACUAUCCGUAUCCAGUGAAUGGUCUUUACGGACCGGGGCACAUAGUGGACGACUGAACACUGAAGCAGAUAGUUUGGGAAGAGGAGGAGCAUGGUGUUCAAAAACCAAAGACCAAUACCAGUGGAUUCAAGUUGACCUCGGCAAAAUGCAUAAGAGGUUUGAUGGAAAUUCAGAUCAAGACACUACCGUGACAAACAUAUUUUCUGAACCUAUCUACGCCCAAUUCGUCCGUAUUCAUCCAGUUGACUGGAAUAAAAAUAUAUGUUUACGAUUUGAGGUUCUUGGAUGCUCAGCAGAGUUGUGUAUCGAUCCUCUUGGUAUUGAAGAUGGGAAUAUUCCCGCGGAACAACUGUCCGCAUCCAGUGAACCUGCUUUAAUGCACGAGGCACAUCGUGGGCGACUGAACAAUGAAGCAAACAGUAAGGGGUUCGGGGGAGCAUGGUCGUCAAAAACAAAUGACCGACACCAGUGGAUCCAAGUUGACCUAGGUAAACUGCAUAGGGUACACGGAGUAAUUACACAAGGCCGCAACGGAUACAUCCCCUAUCAAUAUGUGACGUCUUAUGAGAUUGUGUACAGUGUCGAUGGUAACCACUUUCAACCAAUCAGGAAUUCAGACUGCCAAGUAACGUUGUGUACCGAUCCUCUUGGUAUUGAAGAUGGGACUAUUCCCGCGGAACAACUGUCCGCAUCCAGUGAAUGGACUUUACGGAACGGGGCACAUAGAGGACGACUGAACACUGAAGCAGAUAGUUUGGGAGUAGGAGCAUGGUGUUCAAAAACCAUAGAUCAAUACCAGUGGAUUCAAGUUGACCUCGGCAAACUGCAUAUGGUACGCGGAGUAAUCACACAAGGCCGAAACAAAUGCUGCUUACAAUGGGUGACGUCUUAUGAGAUUUUUUACAGUGUCGAUGGUAACCUGUUUCAACCAAUCAGGAAUUCAGAUUGUCAAGUUACUAGGUUUGUUGGAAAUUCCGAUGAAGACACUACCGUGACAAACAUAUUCCCUGACCCUGUCUACGCCAAAUUCGUCCGUAUUCAUCCAACUAACUGGCAUAACUGGAUUAGUUUAAGAUUUGAGGUUCUUGGAUGCUCAGCAGGUGAUGGUUUAAAACUCAUUUUGUGCUGGAAGCCGCUCUUCUUUAAUGAUUUUCGUAGUCGGGAGCAGCCUUGA